GGCUGGUGCCCAGGCAGGCUGGUGGGCUGCAGGCUGGGGCUGAGUUGGUCUGAGAAGGAAGGCCCUGCAGGUGGUCUCUGGGAUGGAGGGCCCUCUGGCGGAGGCUGCCAAGGGUGAGCGCUUCCACAUAAUCACGCCUCUGCUGGAGAGCUGGGCGCUGUCCCAGGUGGUGGGCAUGCCUGUCUUCCUCAAGUAUGAGAAUGUACAGCCGACUGGCUCCUUCAAGAUCCGUGGCAUCGGGCAUUUCUGCCAGGAGGUGGCCAAAAAGGGAUGCAGACACCUGGUGUGCUCCUCAGGGGGCAACGCAGGCAUCGCUGCUGCUUACGCUGCUCGGAAACUGGGCAUCCCAGCCACUAUUGUGCUCCCCGAGGGCACCUCUCUGCAGGUGGUGAGGAGGCUGCAGGGGGAGGGGGCCGAGGUUCAGCUGACUGGAAAGGUCUGGGAUGAGGCCAAUCUAAGGGCACAAGAGUUGGCCAAGAAGGAUGGCUGGGUGAACAUCCACCCAUUUGACCACCCCCUGAUAUGGGAAGGCCACGGGAGCCUGGUGCAGGAGCUGAAGGCAGCACUGGGGACCCCACCGGGUGCCCUGGUGCUGGCAGUGGGGGGCGGAGGUCUCCUGGCCGGGGUGUCGGCUGGUCUGGCAGAAGUGGGCUGGCAGCACGUGCCCAUAAUUGCCAUGGAGACCCAAGGGGCACACUGUUUCAACGCGGCCAUCAAGGCAGGGAGGCUGGUAACACUGCCGGACAUCACCAGUGUAGCCAAGAGCCUGGGUGCCAAGACAGUGGCUGCACGGGCCCUGGCAUGUAUGAAGGACUUCAAGAUCUUCUCUGAAGUGGUGGAGGAUGCUGAGGCCGUGAGCGCUAUGCAGCGGUUCCUGGAUGAGGAGCGAAUGUUGGUGGAGCCUGCCUGCGGGGCAGCCUUAGCGGCCAUCUACUCCGGCCUCCUGGGGAGGCUCCAGGCUGAGGGCCGCCUGAGCCCUUCCCCAGCCUCAGUCGUGGUCAUCGUGUGCGGGGGCAACAACAUUGACAGUGGAGAGCUACAGGAUCUGAAAGCCCGGCUGGGCCAGGGCUGAGGGCUCCUGGUUUGGGAGGGCCGACUGGCCCCAGUGAUCCCCAGGAGGCUCCUGGACACCCCUUUUGCUGGCCGAGGGGCCUCCGUGCUCAUGGAUGAAAGUGGAAGCUGCCCUGUGCUGUUGUGCUGGCUGCCUUCUGCAGGAAGCCCACCUGAACUGCUCCCUUUGGCUUCCCUGCAGCUCUGGUCAAUAAACCCUUUCUGAGUUGAGUCUGUAACUCCAGUGGCUCCACUUUUUCCACCUCCAUGAACUCAGAGACGGCACACAGCAACCUGAUGCCAGCACUCUGAUGAAGUGACUCUUUUUACAUCAUACAGAUGGUGCAACAAAGCCAAGAAUUUAAAACUCCAGUUUCUGAGGGAAUUCAGCCAUGCCAAGCUCCUAACGGGGCCUCCCUUACCUGGGAUACCUGCUCAGGGAGGGGAGGGGGACUUCCUGUCACUUCUCAGGCCUGGGCCAGUGAGGACAAUAUCUCCAAUCUUUAUC